GGCUACAGAAUAACAUCAACAUUUCACUCCAGAUCAUCCCCUCCUCCCAGGGGGAAGGAAAUGGCUUCAAUGGAGCUGGCUCAGAGACCAGUGACUUUCGAGGAAGUGGCUGUGUAUUUCACCAGGGAAGAGGGGGCUCUGCUGGAUCCCGCUCAGAGAGCCCUCUACUGGGAUGUCAUGCAGGAGAACUACGAGACGGUGGUCUUGCUGGUAGGGUUUCCAAUUUCCAAACCUGAUGUGAUCUCGCAGCUGGAACGAGGGGAAGAGCUGUGGGUCCCGGACCUCCAAGGCUCUGAGAAAGAAGUGCUCCCGAGAGCUGCCUGCACAGAUGUGGAAUCAUUAUGGCAGAUGUCACUCAUGGCUUCCCUCCUAUUCUGACUGACAGCUGGCAGCAGAUCCCUCCCCGAUCUCACUUUCCCCUGAGUGUGGUGCUGAGAUGCGGACCAAAACGGAUCCCUUCCUCUCUCCUCUGGGGAAGGGUUUGGAGAAAAUCAUCUCC